AUGGCGCGACUGGCAAGACUGGCUACAGCUCAAGACUACACCGUGGUCGACAUUAGAAACGUGUCGCAGUCUCUUAUUCGGCAGAUGGAGUGGUUGGAACAAGAGAUCCAAGCUUCAGCGAAUCGCGUGGUGCAGCUGGAAGAUAAUGGCGAUGACGAGGCCGAGGGUCCAGCACAAGCUGCGGCACCACAGGUCAACAACGAUGAGCUAAGAGCAGACGUUCAGAAGAAACUGACACCAUUGUGGCAGGGCUCCCUGAAGCUGACUCUGUCUGACUCUAACCAGCAGCUUGUCUACGCCAUCGAGCGGGUACGUGUUGCUCAACUGCACCGUCGGGACAUCAUUGGAGCUAAAGUGAGUAUUUCUUAUUGGUCUUGA